GUGGCAGAGUUAGAGGGCCUAAGAAGGGUUUAUCCGAAUCCCUUUCGUCGGGAAAUAUAAUGUGUAAUUAUGUAUAUAAGAUUAUUUAAAAAAAUUAUAUAUAUAAAAUGUUGAAUUUUUUUGGCUUCUUCACAUAUAUAAUUUUUAUUUUUUAAAUCCGUUGUUCCAACUCUGACACUUGAGAAAUAUAAAGUGUAGCCUGGAAUAUUUGAAGUACCGCCUGUUGAUAUUAGAUCCUGUGUGUCUGUGAACGCUGUUGUCCCCAACAAUCUCUCAAAAUAAAACAUUUUUCAUGAUUUCCUUUACAUUGCAUCGUCUCUACAGAUUUUACCACUUUACAGCUUCUAACACACUCCUCAAUGGCCUCCUUUUCACCCAACCUCACCACAUCUUCACUUUUAAUCCCUCUUGGCGCCAUACCAAAAUUGACUAUUUUACAACAAACCCAUUACCUUCAUCUUCUUCAGAUUUUGAUUCAGUUGUCAAAAGGGUUUGUUCUUUAGUGUGUGAAUCAUAUUGCAAAAUUCAAGAAAAUAGCCAUUUCAAAUCCACAGCUCCCAAGUUGAAACUGCCUAUAGAUUCUGAGUAUUUGACUCAAGAACAGGCUAUAACAGUUGUUGCUUCUCUUGCUGAUGAAGGAGGAUCAAUGCUGGCAUUGAGCUUCUUUUAUUGGGCAAUUGGGUAUGUGAACUUCAGGCAUUUUAUGAGGCUUUAUAUAGUUUUAGCUAUGUAUUUGAUUAAAAAUGGAAACUUUGAGAAAGCCCAUGAAGUAAUGCAUUUUAUGUUAAGGAAUUUCGGUGAAAUUGGAAUGUUGAAAGAGGCUAUAGAUAUGGUGUUUGAGAUGCAAAAUCAAGGGUUGGUUUUGAAUGCUCAGAGUUUGAAUUCUGCUGUUAGUGUUGCUACUGAGAUGGGCUAUGUUGAGAUGGCAGAGAAGGUGUUCGGUGAAAUGUGUGACAGAGGAGUGUGUCCUGAUUCUUUUUGUUUCGAGUCAAUGGUUGUUGCUUAUUGUAGGAUGGGAAGAGUUGCAGAGGCUGAUAGGUGGCUGAGUGCAAUGCUAGAAAGGGGAUUUCUUGUUGAUAAUGCGACGUGCACUUUGAUCACGAGUGUGUUUUGUGAAAAGGGGUCUGUUAAUAGAGCAUUGAAGAUUUUCAAUCAAUUGGUUGAAUUGGGGCUGGCUCCAAAUGUUAUCAAUUAUACGUGUUUGAUAAAUGGAUUGUGUAAGAAAGGGAUAAUUAAGCAUGCGUUUGAGUUGUUAGAGGAAAUGGUUAGAAAAGGUUUAAAACCAAAUGUUUUCACUCAUACGGCACUGAUUGACGGUCUUUGCAAGAAGGGCUGGAUGGAUAAGGCAUUUAGACUAUUCCUAAAGCUUGUGAAGAGUGACAAUUACAAGCCUAAUGUGCAUACUUAUACAGCCAUUAUAGCUGGGUAUUGCAAACAGGAAAAAUUGAACCGAGCAGAGAUGCUUUUGAGCAGAAUGCAAGAACAAGGGUUGGUCCCUAACGCCAACACCUACACUGCUCUCAUUGAUGGGUACUGUAAAGUGGGGAACUUUGAUACUGCUUAUGAAUUCUUGCGUGUGAUGGAUGAAAAGGGUUUGACAGCAGGCAUUUUCACGUAUAACGCAGUCAUUGAUGGUCUAUGUAAAAAGGGAAGGGUUGAAGAGGCUUAUAAGAUGCUGAAGAAAGGUUUGCAAAGUGGAAUCUCUCCAGAUUUAGUGACUUACACCAUUCUCAUAUCUCAGAGCUGCAAGCUAGCAGAUAACAGACAAGCUUUUGCCCUUUUCAAUAAGAUGGUCAAAGCUGGUAUCAGCCCUGAUAUGCAUACAUACACCGCAUUAAUUGCUGCCUUGUGUAGGCAAAAGAAAAUGAAAGACAGUGAAAAGCUCUUUGAUGAUGCUCUAAUUUUAGGUUUAACACCUACCAAAGAGACUUGUACUUCAAUGAUAUGCGGAUAUUGUAGAGAUAAAAAUGUGGCCAUGGCCAAGAAGUACUUCCAGAGGAUGGGAAAAUAUGGUUGUGUACCUGAUAGCCUCACUUAUGGUGCUCUGAUUAGUGGGCUUUGUAAGGAGUCAAAGUUGGAUGAAGCUAGAGAACUUUACAAUUCAAUGACGGAUAAAGGGAUUCCCCCAUGUGAAGUAACACGGCUGACUUUAGCUUAUGAGUAUUGCAAGAGCAAUGAACCAACCAUUGCCAUGGACCUCUUAGAUAGAUUAGACAAAAAACUUUGGAUUCGAACUGUAUGUACCCUAGUCAGGAAGCUUUGCAGUGAAAAAAAUGUGGAUGUAGCUGCUCUAUUUUUCCACAAACUGUUGGACAAACAACAGAGUGUGGAUCGAGUAACUCUUGCAGCCUUUAUGUCUGUGUGCUAUGAAAGCAAUAACUAUGACCUUGUGUCCAGUAUGAAUGAGAGAAUAACAAAAGAUUUUGGAGAAUCUAUGGCAGAAUGAUCUUGUGGCUUGCUGAACGACAACCGAAAGGCUAUUUGGUGGCUGUGCAAGUAGCAGGUUAAAAAUGAUAUCUUUGCCCACUUAAGAUCAUGUGUUGGGGCAGAUGACCAAGCUGAGGAAGAUUCUUUUCCAGGGAAAGUUGUGUAACUCUUUCAAUUGUUUUACUGUGAUGAUGUUGCUGGAAAGAGAAGCUCCACAAACGCCCCGUUGAUAUUUGAAGGAAGUUAACAGUUGCAAAAUUGUUAUAGUAGGAAAAUCAGAAGUUGGCUAGCACACUAUGCAGCUGUCAAGUCGUAUGUAAUGAUUCUAAUGAAGGAGAUCCAUAGCACAAGUCAUCGCUAAGUAGCUGCUGCCUGCUUGUAUGAAAGGUGUUUCAUUUAGAUUUUGAUGCUUAAACAUCAUGGCUACAUAAAACCACCAUUGCACAUAUGUGUCACAUGAUGAAAUAUCUCCAGUCCAACAGUUCUUAGCAUGUUCAAACUAUUUAUGUUCACAUGAAAUGUCACCAGUCCAACGAUUCUUAGCGUGUUCAAGGCAUUUAAGCGUCAUCAUUUUUUAUCUUUGCAUCCAUUUCCGGACUGACAAUCCAAUCUUAAGUUCUUUCGCUGUCUCUUAGUGAGUUUGUGAAGGAUGAAGCAUUUUACAAAAGUGGUGACUAUCAAUUCGAUGUCAUAAAUCGAAAAAAGUUACUGGCUUGAGGAGCCUCCCAAUCAUGGUACGAGAAAGAAUGCUAACCAUACCAGGAUAAAAGCUAGCAUUGCUGUAUGGAUGUUGCUGUUGUUGAAAUGCUACUGUUGAGGAGGUGAUACGUAGUGGAAGUGCGAAGGAGCUGUAGUGUUUCGUCUUUCUUUCUUUUUGGUAUUGUUAAGAACAUGUCAUGUACUCCCUUCGUUACAAUUUAUGUGUCUUACUUUCACGAUCUUCUCCCAUGUAGGUUCUUUGCACUUAGCAAUUUGUUUUGCUUAUCAUUUUCUCAACUGCAGCUAUUCAGAUUUGCGGAUCUUCAUCUGAGUUGAUCCUUUAGUUUAA